AAGCUCCACUUUUCCACACCUCUCUCUCUCUCUCUCUCUCUUUCUUUCUUUUACACUUGUUGUUCAGUCUCUUUCUCUCUCUCUCUCUCAAAAUGGAUUCGAUCAAUUUCGAUAACGUGAAAGCAGAGAAAGCCAAGGCGUUGCGGCGAUACAACCGCUUCCGCAGAAUCGGACGUUUGUUCCGUGCGGCUGAGGUCUGCGUCGCCAUCCUCUUCAUAUUAUGGACCUUUACGCGCCUUCCAUUCGCCGUCCAAAUCUCCAGAGCGUUUCUCAGCCGUAUCGCCGGAGUUAUAUCCACUCCACUCUUCGUCUUCAUCCUCGGGAACUGCAUCGUCGUUGCUCUCCUCACCAAGUCCUCUGUUGAGGAAAACAGAGGAUCUUCCUCCUCUAACGCAGAAACAGAAAUCUACGAGGCCUUGGUGAGAUCCAAGCCGUCGGAUGAGAUCGUUUACGAUGACAAAGAGGUGAUCGUCAUCACUGAAAAUUCAUCAAAUAAUAUUCCUCAGGCUAGCUUGGAAACGAGUGAUUACGUUACCGAUGAGCCUAAGGAGUAUGGAAGAAGUAAGUCGGAUGUGUGUAUAAAGCAGACUAGUAGUGCUGCUGAUGAUCAUAUGGUGGUUAUCCCUAAGCCCUCUUCUCUCCGUAGAUCGGAGACGGAAAAGUGCAUUAAGACCCGCCAUGAUAUUAUUAAUAAUAAUAAUAAGUCGUGGGAGGAUAUUUAUGCAGAGGAUAACCUUAGCAACGAAGAGUUCCAGAAAACGAUUGAAGCCUUCAUUGCCAAACAGUUGAUGUUUCGUCGCCAAGAAUCUUUAGCCGUCGUCCUCCACCACAACAAUAAACCCUAAUAAUUAUCAAAAUAAAAUAAGGGAAUCAGAUUCUAUUAUAUAGAAGCCGAAUCAACACUACUACGUAACAAACAAACUUUUGUCAAACCAUAUGGAAUCUUUAUUUCAAUAUUCCACCUUGCUAGCUAGUGUGUACAAAUCUCAUGUGCGAUCUCUCUAUGUACAGUAGUAAUUAGUUGCUUAUCAAGUAUGAUAUAAUAAUAUAUCUUUUUCUGUAAUUACUU